UUGCCAGACGACUGCCGCGCGGAGCGUUACUUGACUCAGCCGAUCCCCAAACGGGCCUCCCUAUUCGUUACCUGCAUUAUCGACCAGCUUUACCCCGAGGUGGGCGUGAGCGUGGUGCGGGUAUUGCGCCAGCAGGGUGUCAGCGUGGAUUUUCCGUCCGGCCAAACUUGCUGCGGGCAGCCGCUUUACAACUCGGGUUUUACCGCCGAGGCCAAACGGUUGGCGGUGCGCGUCCUGGAUGCUUUUGAGGGUGGCGACUACGUGGUUGUGCCAUCCGGAUCUUGCGGCGCCAUGAUGCGGGUGUUUUACCAGGAUUUGUUCGCUGGCGACCCGGCGCUGCUGCAACGCGCCGAGGCGCUAUCGAAGAGGGUGUACGAGUUCACCGAGUUUCUGGUGGAUGUGCUGGGAGUGGGUGACAUUCCCAUUGCGGCCGGUGCGGAGGGUUCGACGUUGACCUACCAUCCGUCCUGCCAUUUGUUGCGGGAGAUGGAGGUUCGGGAUGCGCCGCGACGAUUACUGGACGGGUCGGGCGUGUCGGUAACCGAUUUGCCCAAUGCCGAACAAUGCUGCGGGUUCGGUGGGACAUUUGCCAUCAAGUAUCCGCACAUUUCGGAAGCGAUGCUGGCCGACAAAGUUGAUUCCAUCAUUGAGAGCGGCGCCGACACCAUCACCGCCUGCGACAUGGGGUGCCUGAUGCACAUUGGCGGGGCGUUGAGUCGACGCGAUCUGCCGGUACAGGCACGCCACAUCGCCCAGUUUAAGCCAGCAACGCGCGCCGCGAUCGUGGACCCGCAGCUACGCCAGGCUUUCAAGCGCGCCGGCGAGGGCUUUGAUAAUGCACGCCGGGAAGCCGUCGACGAGGUUACGCCGGCGGUAUGGGAGCAGUGGCGUCAACGGGCCCGCAGCAUCAAGGAGCACACCAUCGGGCAUCUGGACUACUACCUGGAGAUGCUCGAGCGCAACGUCAGCGCCGCCGGCGGACAGGUUCACUUCGCAGCGGACGCGGCGCAGGCCAACGCCAUCGUCAGCGAAAUCGUGCGCACCCGUGGCCUGAAGGUUGCCACCAAGAGCAAGUCAAUGGUGUCCGAAGAAUUGGGGCUGAACCACGUUCUGGAAGCUCAGGGGGUGGAGGUUUUCGAAACCGACCUCGGCGAGUACAUCAUCCAACUGGCCGAGGAGACCCCUUCGCAUCUGGUGGCGCCGGCCCUGCACAAGACGCGCGGCCAGGUUCCCGAUUGUUCACCGACCAGCUCGGGGUGCCCUACUCAGACGACAUUGAGGAGAUGGCGAGAGUAG